GUAGACUAGUUGUUGCCAUGGACGGGUAAAAGAAUAACAGGAAGUAAAUUUAACCAAGUUUGAAACGAUAAAAAAAAGGACUUUUAUGCAAGAUGAAAACCAAAUAGUAUAGCUAAAUUGAAUAUGUCGAGCAAAGUAAAACCUAAGCCAGUAGGUGCUAAAUCGAAAGGAGUUAGCUCAAAUAAAAAAAGUAAUGGUCAACCCAUUCCGGUAAAGUCAGCAAAAGGAAAUCAAACAAAUGCUGACAACAGAAAUGAAGAUUCUAAAACAGAUGACUCUUUUUUAUUCACUGGAAAUUCACCGGAGGAUUUAGAAGAUCAUUGGUUAUCCAGAAUUACUGAAUUGGUGCAAGCGAAAAAAAAUAUAUCAGCAGAUAGAAAAUUUUCAGAGUCUUUACAACAGAUAUAUGAUGCCCUGUUAAAGGAAUUAUGUACUCGAUGUGGGGUGAAGUUUGAUCCAAUCUUUGGAAAAGACAUUGAAAUACAGUUUGACACUAAAGAAAGCGAAAAUAAAAAUGAAGUCAACACUUUGGAUUUUGAAAAAAAGAUAUCUGAAAUGAAAUUGACAAUUGAAACUUUGACGAAAAGAAACGAGGAAGUUGAACAACAAUUAACCAAAUUCAAAGACGAACAAAAGAAGCUUGAUGACAGCAAUAAAAAAUAUCAGUCUGAAUUACUGAGUAAGACAACAGAACUCAAUGAAAUAAAAGAAAAGAUGAAAAAAUUAGAGCAUGAAUUAAAAAAGGAAAAAGAAAAUCAAGGUGGAAAAGCCAAAGACCAAGUAGAGACGAAGGUUGAUAAUAACUUACAAAACAAGAUAGUGAAAUUAGAAGAACAGAUAGCAAAUAUGACAAAUAAUAUCGAGAAGGAAAAAUCUGAUCUGAAUGUGAGAUCGCAACAGGAAAUUUCAAAAAUAAAACAACAACUGGAUGAAAAAAGUAAAUCAUAUGACAAAGAAACCAGUGAACGAAAAUCAAUUGAAAAAGAAAAUUUGGAACUGGCAAAGAAAACGACAAGUUUAGAAGAAGAAAUCCAUGAAUUGAAAUCAAACAAAUCUGCACAAGACACGAAUAAAGAGCAAAUAACAAGGUUAACUAACGAAAAUGAAAGGUUAAAGCUUACCGAGAAGCAGUUAAAAGAAAUUUUAGAGAAGAAAGAAAAAGAAAUAAAGAAACUGGAAGAAGCUCAUAAUGUGACGAAAGCAGAAAAAGCGUCUGUUCAAUCUCUUUUGGAUGAAAUAAAUAGCAAAGUUAGACAAGAGGUAGAUCAACACACUAAGAAAACUGUUUCAUUAUCUCAGAAUUUAAUGUCAAAAGAACACGAGAUUUUGGAUUUGAAAAGAAGUCAAAUUGAAUUAGAAAGAAGUCUGUCAUCCUUAAACAAACAGAUAGAUGAUCAGAGUAGCACAAAUAAAAGGAAAAAAACCAGUACAAAAGCUCCAGACCAAAAAUUUAAAGACCUACAGGAGGAAAAUGAAAAACUAAGAGACAGAUUAAGUCAGGUUGCGGGAAGUAAGUUAACUGACGGUAAUCCAGCAAUAGCAGAUUUAGGAGAUCCGAACAGACCUACACAACUCGGCGAAAAGUUCUCAGAAUUGUACGACAAUGAAUGGACAGAUGCUAUGGAAGAACUUGGUAAUGCUGGAGACGAGAAAUCAAAUAUCACCACUUUAAGAAAUAUUGUUGAGAAAUCUUACGACUUCGGGAAAAUUAAAUCGGAAAAGUAUGCAGAAGGACUAGAAAGUGCAUUAUUACAGAUCAGUAAUAGCAUCGAGGUUACCCCUACCAUUUCCAAAUAUAUUAAGGAUCACAGAAAAAACACAGCCUUGCUGGUAGUGGAUUCGUUAUUUAAGUCUUUUUUAAGUUCUCAUACCGAGUUUAAUGUUGGUGGUAAAGAUGUGCAGACUUUCAUUAAGAAGACAUUGUCAUUGUGCUGGUUGAUGACUAUACAAGAUCCGCCAGUUAUACUUACUACAGAAUUAUCCGGAAAGUUUAAUACUGAUCUUUUCCGACAUUAUACCAAAUCAGGUUCAAAUGUUGAUUAUGUAGUUUGGCCAGUUGUUUUCCUACACGAUGGAGGACCUAUUAUCUGUAAAGGAGUUGCUCAAGGAAAAUAGAAUUUGUCUUUCAGGAUACACCGAGGGUUGUAGCAUUCUCUAAACCAUGUCUCAUUUCCAUAUUAAAUAUAUUUCAAAAGUAUGGAAAUAAUAUACUGUCUUUUGUCUAAUUAUCUCUAUUAUCUUGAUAACAAAUGGUUAUAAUAUUACCAUAGGACAUGUCCACGUGUGGAAAGAAACGGUAUAUCUAACAGAUCUGAAUGCGGCAGCACAUUAUUGUGAAAAUGAAAUUAAAUGACUGUACUGUAUUUGACUUCUUUUACAGUAAAGAUGUUAACUAAAAAACACAUAAAAGUGCAACAUGAACUUAAAUUAGGGUUGAUAAAAAUAGAUGGUUGAUAUUCUAAACAUUUAAGACAUGGAUGUAAAAAAUAUUUAUAUACCAUAUUUUGCAUUUUAUCCUCAUUUUUAUGUGCUUCGUUUCUGUAAGUAUGUUUUUUUGAUUAAACACAAACUAUUGACAUA